CGCCGGCUCUCUUAAGCGCCGCGUCGCCGCCUCGGCCUUCCUUCUCGCCCACACCCGCAACACUCGCCGCACCAUGGCCAUCUCGCACAAGAAGCCUGCGCCCGCCGACGCCGUGCACGGCCAGACGACCGAGGCGCACCCCAAGGCGCCGCACGCCAACACGCCCGCGCCCGCGCCCACGGCGCGCCAGCGCCUCGCCGGCCUGGCGAGCCACCUGCUGCCGCAGGGCAACACCGAGUUUGACUAUGUCAUCGUGAGUGGGCGCGUGUGCGGUGCGGGCUGCGCGUCGUCGCUGACCGCCGUGUGUCUCUCGCGCGCUGCCGCAGGUUGGUGGAGGGUGAGGCUGCUCUGCGUGUGAGGCGCGCGCGCACCGCCCAUGCUGACGGCACUCGCAGCACCGCCGGCGCAGUCCUGGCGAACCGCCUGACGCAGGACAAGAACGUCUCGGUUGCCGUCAUCGAGGGUGGGCCGAGCGACGUGGGCAUGGAUGUCGUGCUGGACCUGAGCCGCUGGCUCGAGCUGCUCGGCUCCGAGCUCGACUACGACUAUCCCACGACAGAGCAGCCGAUGGGCAACUCGCACAUCCGCCACAGCCGCGCGCGUGUCCUUGGCGGCUGCUCGAGCCACAACACGCUGAUCAGCUUCCGGCCGUUCAACGAGGACCUCGACCUGUGGGCGCGCGAGUUUGGCUGCCCCUCGUGGUCCGCACACCGGCUGCAGCCGUACGGCGACCGCAUCAAGCUCAACACGCUGCCCGUGGCGCACCAGCAGCGCAACCACGUCGUCAAGGACUGGGUGGCGGCCUCGAGCAGCGCCACGGGCGCACCCGUCAUCGACGACUUCAAUGCACAGAUCGUCCAUCGCGGCGGCUUCUCCUCGGGCGUGGGCUUCUUCAACAUCUCCUACGACCCGCACACGGGCCAGCGCAGCUCGGCGUCGACGGCGUACCUGCACGACAUUAUGCCGCACGGGCCGCACCGCCGCAACAACCUGCACCUCUUCCUCGAGACGUGGGCGAACCGGAUUGUCUUUGACGAGCAGGAGCCGCUGCACGCGCGCGGCGUCGCCGUCACGACGCGCGCCGGCCUCUCCAAGACGCUGACGGCGCGGCGCGAGGUGAUUCUGUGUGCCGGCGCCAUCGACACGCCGCGCCUCAUGCUGCACUCCGGCCUCGGACCGCGCGCCGAGCUGGAGGCGCUGGGCCUGCCGUGCCGCAAGGACCUGCCGGGCGUGGGCGAGAACCUCAUCGACCACCCCGAGAGCAUCUGGAUGGCCGAGACGCGCGACACGCCGCCCGAGACGGUGAUGAGCUCCGACGCGGGCCUCUUCCUGCGCGUGCUGCCCAGCAGCGCCGAGCCGUGGACCGUGAUGAAGGAGGAGAUUGCGCGCAUCCCAGACCUCAUGUUCCACAUCUACCAGGUGCCGUUCGCCGACAACACGGAGCGCAUGGGCUACCCGCGCCCGCAGAAUGCCAUCUGCAUGACGCCCAACAUUCCGCGCUCGCAGUGCAAGGGCAAGCUCUCGCUGGCGUCUGCCGACCCGGCGGAGAAGCCGCUGCUGAACUUCCGCUACUUUGAGGAUGCGCACGGCUACGACGCACGCAUCCUCGUCGAGGGCAUCAAGAUUGCGCGGCGCAUUGCACAGACGAGCCCGUUCAAGGAGCACGUGGUGCGCGAGAUUGCUCCCGGGCCCAACGUGCAGACGGACGAGGAGAUCAGCGAGUACGCCCGGCGCGCCGCCCACACCGUCUACCACCCGGCCGGCACGUGCCGCAUGGGCACGCCCGCCGACGACGCGCUCGUCGUGGUGGAUGAGCGCGACCUGCGCGUCGUGGGCACGCGCGGCCUCGUCGUGUGCGACGCCUCGCUCAUGCCGCUGCUGCCGACGGUCAAUCCCAUGCUCACCGUGCUUGCCGUCGCCGAGCGCGCCGCCGACCUGCUCGCCGACGAGGCGUACGGCCACGCGCGCGAGCUCCCGUCGUGGAGCGAGUAGGCGCGGCGCCUCUCUGCCCUCCACGCGCAUCCACUGUCCCACUGCUUCCCUCUUGCCUUUGCUCUCCCUGGCCCUGCUCCACUCAGCCAUGCCCCCUGUACCAGUCACGCUCUAGACGAGGACCCGCGGCUCUAUAUUUGCAUGCCUUCAGCUAUCCUG